AAUAAUAAUAAUAAUAUUUCACCAAAAUUAACAUUUUUUCAUAAGCAAUUGAUAACAUGGACACUGUAUGUUAUUACAAUAUUAUAUGGUUUAAUCCUUAACAUUAUUGGUCCGGUUUUACAUGAUUUGACCAAACAAUUUGACACAACUACCAAUAAAAUAACUUUUAUAUUUACGUGUUUUAAUUUUGGCUAUUUUGUUGGCGGCCUAUUAAAUGGUUUUAUAUUUAAUUAUGUGAAUCGACAUCUGGCAAUAGUGGUCAUACUGGUUGCACUGGCCGCUUUUUUAGCGGCCUUACCAUACAGUCCAACUAUUGUUGUUUUAUUUGUUUUGGCAUUUAUUAUUGGCUACGGAUGUGGAGGUUUAGACACUGGACUAGUCGUAUGGAUCAUUGAGAUGUGGGCCGACAAAUCUGCCAUUUAUAUGACCGGUUAUCAACUAUUUUAUACAUUUAGUGUACUCAUAGGACCAUUGAUGGCCCAACCGUUUGUAACUCGAUACGAGCCAAUAGUGGCCAACUUGACCGGUAAUAAUGAACCGGAAAGUUAUCGGGAAAUACACGGCAAUAUUGGCAUACCAUUUAUCAUUGUGGGCGCACUGUUUCUAAUUUUUGCAAUUAUUUUAUUAUGUAUACAUAUUUAUAAACGCUAUGUACCACCAUCAAAAUCAAUAUCAUUAGCAUCAUUACAAACAUCAGGGUCAUCAGCUCCGGGAGUAGAGUCAUCAGUAUCUACAACAUCAUCAACAUUAUCAUUACAAAAUAAACAAAAACCACCAAUCACAUUUAAAAAAGUUGUCAAUAUGUUUUUAUUUGUGCUCAUCGUAGGUAUAAUUGUAGGUUUAAACUUUACAACCUUUAACCUGUUGCCCACAUUUAUGGAGUACUCGCACCUGAAUAUGGCACCGGAAAAGGCAGACACCAUGCAAACCAUACUGUCCGUAACAAUGCUCAUAUAUGUUACAGUCUAUACACUAUUGGCACUAAAAUACUGGUGCUACAUGAAAAAUUUGAUUUACAUCAAUUGGUUUAUGUUACUUUCCGGCAACAUUGUCCUGAUAUUGUUUAUCCAUUACCAAUUGAAUACCUGGGCAAUUUGGUUGGGUUAUAUAUUUCUGGGUAUAGGCCAUUCCACAUUGUAUUCCUGUGCCAUGACGUUUGUCUCAUCCCAUAUCAAACUGAGCAAUAGAGUGACCGGAACGGUUGUAUGCGUGACUGGACUGUGUUCGGCAAUUUUCCCGGUAAUUUGCGGUCAAUUUGUUCACCACUGGCCCGUAGCCUUACCAUCAAUGAACUUGAUUCUGGGUACAAGUGGCCUGGUAGCAUUUAUUUUGUUACAUGUGCUACUUAAUCAAAAAGCUAAACCUAACUCUAAUGUGUAA